AUGAACCUGGGUGGAGGUCUUGAGAGCGAGGAGCUGCGCGUACGCCAGAGCAUCCUGUACACUGUCGGCCGCAUUUGUGACGAAGAAGGUCUAAUAUAUUCCCAACUGUUAUCUAGCUCUCGUGCUCACGAGACCGUCCCUGCUGCAGCUCAGAAGCAGCAGCACGAGCACCAUGUGCGUGCUAGACCUCCCAUGUCUAAGGAGGCCAUGGCAUUGCUUGCCGACCUUGUCUACAAACAGUCCGAAGUGAUGGCCACAGAGCUGCAGUUUUUUGCACGUCACGCCAACCGCAAGAUCAUCAAAACGGAGGACGUGACGCUCCUUGCCCGAAAACAGCCCAAUCUGACCAAUUUGCUGCAAAAAUUCCAGCGAGAAAACCUGAAUUCGAGCUCUGCAGCGUCGGGCAAGAAGAGACGCAGGAAUUUUGCAGACUCGGACUAG